AUUAUCUGUAUAAUCUAACCUCACAAUAGAUCAAAGUUUCAGAUAUUUAAAAACAUAUUACAAAUAAUUACCCUAUGUAUUCAAAUAUUGGAUAUUUUUAUACAGCCAAUUGAGCAUUGGGAGCCAGCAAGAAACGUUAUCUGAAUAACUAAGCUCAAUUAACUUACUUGACCAUGCCUAGUUUAUGCAGACUGUGUUAUUCAAGCUGGAGAUAUUUUUCAAGCAGAGCAAAUACUCAAAAAGUGUGUAUCAUUGGAAGUGGUCCAGCAGGUUUCUACGUAGCUCAGCAUCUUGUAAAGCAUAAUUCAGCUGUAGAAGUCGACAUUUAUGAACGACUUCCUGUUCCGUUUGGACUUGUUCGCUAUGGAGUCGCUCCUGACCAUCCUGAAGUGAAGAAUGUGAUCAAUACGUUCACAAAGACUGCACAAAAUCCUCGAGUUAAGUUUUAUGGAAACGUCUCACUCGGAGAAAAUAUUUCUUUGAAAGAUCUUCAGAAUGCUUAUCAUGCUGUUGUUCUGACUUAUGGUGCUGAGAGGGACCAGGAGUUGGGAAUUACUGGGGAACACCUGGACAAUGUUAUCUCUGCCAGGAGGUUUGUAGGGUGGUACAACGGACUGCCAGCUGACAAAGACCUGAGGGUGUCUCUAGACUGUGAAACAGCUGUUGUCAUUGGACAGGGGAACGUAGCCGUUGAUGUGGCCAGGAUAUUGCUCACAGAUAUUGAUAUACUCAAGAAAACAGAUAUCACAGCACACUCAGUGGCUGAGUUGGCCUCCAGUAGAGUGCGUCGGGUUGUCUUGGUAGGCCGCAGAGGUCCCUUGCAAGUAGCCUUCACCAUAAAAGAGCUGCGGGAGAUGCUGAAGCUACCUGGAGUCAGGACACAGUUCUACACAGGUCAAAUGGAUGGAGUGCAACAACAUGUCGACAAACUAGCCCGACCUCGUAAGAGACUCACUGAGCUGUUGCUCCAAGCAUCAUCAUCUCCACAACAAUCUGUUGAUAAAACCCUCCAGCUGCUGUUCCUCAGAUCUCCGCUCUCUUUUACUGGAGGUCAACGAGUUUCCGAGAUUAAUCUAGGAAUCAACCAACUUGAAGGAGAUGAUUUGAACAAACAAAAAGCAGUGUUGUCGGAGGCCAGAGAGUCGCUGAGUUGUGGCCUGGUGCUGCGUAGUAUCGGCUACAAGAGUGUCCCGGCAGACCCUGAUGUGCCAUUUGACCCAGCUCGGAGUGUUGUAUCACAGAAGCCUGGAUUGUACGCCGCGGGUUGGCUCGCUACUGGUCCUGUUGGUGUGAUUUUGUCAACAAUGUCAAAUGCUUUUGAAACUGCCAAUGUGAUCAACAAAGACUUGAGUUCGGACGCAGUGGAUGUCUCUCAGAGCAAACCAGGCGCUGCCUAUAUAUUGAAUCUGCUACGGAGUAAAGGUAUUCCAACAGUGGAUUUCGUCGGAUGGGAGAAAAUCGAUAAAGUGGAAACCGAAAGAGGUCAACUUGUGGGAAAACCUAGAGAAAAAAUUGUCAACAUCACAGAAAUGUUAAACAUUGGGGCACAGCUAAGAUGAGUUUGUUGAAUUAAUUCAAAAUUUGAAUCUUGAGAUAUUUUAAGUUAAAGUUCAUAUUUUAUAUUGACUUUCACAAUUCGACGUUGGAAACAAAGUGGUCGACGACACUCAUUUAGUGCCCAUACCAUGUUUGAGAGAUGCAGUUUACUGCUCCGUUAGUAGUUCCCUUACCACUCUGAAGGUGGCCCUCUGCAAUGAAGCUAAAGCUUUAGUAGACCUUGAUGUGAUACGAGGGGUAAAGUCCCUUGAAGAUGCCGCCCUAGAAUUCCAGGACAGAACAUUAAGUCCAGAAAGCCUGAUGACUCAGAGAGUAGUUAGGAUGAGGUAAAUGAAGAUAAGGACCGUAGCUAUCAACACAACUUUCAAUAUGCCGAGUUAAGUGGUCCUAAGCACUGUCCUCCUGUUAAUCUUUGUUUUUACAAAAUUAAGGAAACCCACAUUAAACUGUACAAUGCUGUGGGGGUGCUAUCAUGUCGCAUGUUGUUUUGUUUUACGUAAGACUGAUUUUUAUAUACAAAUUUAUUGCUAGAUAUUUUGGAUGUAUUAUUUAUCAUAGUAACCAUGCUUUACUCUUCAAAUGCAAACAUUUUAUGAAUUAGCCCAUAUUAUAUUGUUAAAUUAUAGGCUAGUUGUAAAAGUUAUGUAUAUUCAAUAAAUAUAUUUUUUACUAAA